AUGACGCUCGCCGAUGAAUUCAGGUCGCGGAACUUCUCGAUCUAUGGACAGUGGCUCGGCGUUCUAUGCAUCAUCUUGGGCUUCGCUCUCGGAAUCGCCAAUAUAUUUCACUUCAACCUCCUCAUACUCUUUAGCAUCAUUCUGCUGGUGUGCUCAUUCAUCCUCAUCUUCAUAGAGAUCCCACUACUCCUACGGAUCUGUCCGACGUCUGCCAAAUUCGAUGUCUUUAUCAGGCGAUUCACGACCAAUUACAUGAGAGCCGCAAUCUACGGUCUCAUGAGUCUUGUGCAAUGGCUGAGCAUAAUUGUCGAUGCAAGCAGCCUCAUCGUCGCCGCCGUUUUCCUGAUGCUCGCAGGCGUCUGCUACGCGCUUGCCGGUCUCAAGCACCAAGAUUUUGUUGGAAGUAAGACCCUUGGAGGACAAGGCGUCGCGCAAAUGAUUGUAUAA